AUGGCGGUCCUGAGCCGCCUGCUGAGAGCUUCAGCUUUGACGGCUUCGUGUUCUCUCUACGCGGCGACGGUGCGGCGGCGGGGGCUGUCGCUCGUAGCCUCCGAGGGGGACCUGCGGUUGCCGUCGUCGGCGCAUCUGAGUCCCCUGGGGACGCGGAAGAAUCUGACGGGGAGGAACGUGCAGUGGGCCUUCCUGGGGUGCCCCGGCGUGGGGAAAGGCACCUACGCCAGUCGUCUGUCGCAGCUGCUCGGCGUGCCCCACAUCGCCACCGGAGAUCUCGUCCGAGAGGAGCUCAGCUCCUCUGGCCCCCUUGCAGAUCAAGUGAUUCCUCAUUCCCCUGUCUAAUUCCACAUUCUUCGCGGUUGGAGUGCGUUUUCCUUUCAACUCGGUCUCCUUCGGCUCCUCUUUGGCUUCAUCGUGUUCCUUGCUGUUAUCAUGGGUAACUUUGAAAUCCUCUUGCACACGAUGCUUCAAGAGUCUUGUGAUCGACCAUCAGUGUCCACCGAGCAUGACUCAUCCAAGAGGGCAUCGGAUCCUGCAACCCUAAGCAUUUUUGGGACAGAGGUAGGAUCCUGUCACCUUAAACAUCUAACGAGGAGUCGACUCUGGGAUCAGGUAAAGUCAAAAAACAACGAUCCAACUGCUGCCAAAAGGCCUUGUAAGAUAGUGGUAAUUCAGCGCCGACUAGAAGAACUGAAACAUGAACUACAUAGCCAAACUCUCAGGAAUCCAAAUAGUUGAAAAAUAUGUUGCGGCUGGUCAACCAUGCUUUGACUUAUUUGGUAAAUCCACAGUGGGGUGUGUCUAGAUGCUUGACUGCCCUUUUCAAACAAUCUAGUUGUUUCUUCCAUUACCUUCCUGCGUUUGAAACCCUUUCUUGGUUUCUUUGGUGUCUGCCAUGCAGUUCUAAAAAUCUUCCAAGCUUCAAAACAGUUUCCCCUAUGAUUAGGAGAAUAAAUGUUAUAUAGUUUUCUAUUUUCAAUCUUCGGUGCACCACAUCAACGCAGGCAACAUUUUUAUUUUGAUUCUCUGCAUGUUCGCUUCGUCUAACAUGAUUUCCCGCUUCAAUACUUGCAUCAAUGUUACUCGUUGGAUGCCAUAUCUUCCUUUUCCGUCACAUUCCUUUGCUUCCUGUACAAAUAAGUUUCAAACAGCUGAAGAUGUUACUGAUAUUGGCCUCCCUCUGUAUUCAUUCUCACAUGUAAAAAAAGCUAGAUGAUAUUUAAAAUGCUAUUAAAAAAAAAACUUAUUAUGAAUCAUAAAUACACAAGAGAACCAGAAGAAAAAAAACUCUUAAUAUCCAAUUUUAAAAAAAGAAUUAAUUCAUAGACCCCAAUCCUUCAUAGUGUGCAAGGAUUAUCAUCUGGUUGUUAUUUAUUCAUUCCUUACUUUCUUAAAGUUUCUCUGCAAAUCAAUGCAGCAUAGUCGCAUGGGUUCCAGUGUUUCCCAUAGUUGUCGCUUUGCUUGUUCGGAAAGAAGAUGUUUGCAGCCUACGAGAGCUGAUUUGACCGCAUAUUUUGUAAUCCUUUCUCCAUGUCAACGAAUCAUCGUUUUCUUGGACUGAUGGAGGCUCCUGGUCAACCAGCAUCAAUGUGUCUCAUUUGUCCUUGUUGCCGUCAUGGAAGGCCCAGGAGUAAAGCUACUCAGGCAUUUCAGUUAUUCCAAUAGAGGCAGAUUAUUCUCUCAAAUAUAACGAAUUUCCUCUCCUCCGUUUCCCACAUCAAAAUCUUCUACUUCUGCUACUACUUCUCUCUCACUCUUCUCUUCAUGAAUUUAUUUAUUUUUUGUCUAUUUCCCCCCUCCUCUAGCAUCUUCUUCCUCCUUUUUUCGUUCAUUUCCUCCUACUUUACUGUUCCUGUUCUGUUCUCACCCCAUCUUCCAUGGAGUGUUCUUUAUUCUUCCAAUUCUUCCCUAUUCUGUCCUUCGGCCCUUUUUCUUUCCACCUCCUCAGUUGAACUCGGCUUCCCCCUUUUGUUUCAUCCUUUGUUGUUCUUCUCCAUGAUGAUAUAUAAGUUAAGCAUGAGACAAAACCUUCGUUGCUGUGUUGGGAAUAGGAGUUGACCUUUCUUCAAAAGAGUCGAGCUUAUUGGAAUCAUACGCAUGGGAAAUCGUUUGGAAAGAUGGCGAUAACAUGUUGCUCCCUCAUGACCAUUGCACAGGGACACAUCCUCUGAAUAUAUACACCAUGUAUCAUCCCACUCUAUCUCUAGUUUUCAGUUGGGUACUUUGCAUAACUGAAGACUCAGGCGAUUGGAUCCAGUAAAUGAAAUCUGAGUAUGAUGAUAUCUGUUGUAUUGACUUACGGAAGCCCAAUGGCAGGAACUUGGUCAACGGCCCUGGGGCUUGACCACAGUGCAGAUGACCGUUCCUAUUGGCUGUUAUAUUUUCUUCAUUACUAGAUUCGACAUCUCCUUGGGCUUCUUGUGCUGCUACCUCUGAGAACUCAGAAAAAAAAAAAGGUAAGAUCAUGUUGAAUACUGCUGCUGCAUGAAGCAGUGGCCAUUUCCAUUCAUGGCAAGGUCAAUAGCAGGAAGAAGGGAUCCAGGGUUUUAUGACUUCUUUUUAUUAUUAUUAUUCAUAAGUCUUAGCUUGUUAUGGUUCUUGUAUGGUUGCAUUCAUUCUGUGUCCCAGAUUGAUAUCCAUUUUUCUCCUUGCAGUGAACAUAGCAUGAUUAUUCUUCUUUCUUUCCUCCUCUCUAGCCAUGAAUGUAUCAUGUAUGAGUUCCUUUUAGAACACUCUUGGCCGCGCUUUCUCUCUCUUGAAUGAUGAAGGUUGAUGUUGCUUCCUGUAACAUGCCUUAGAAGUCUCGCUGAUGCUAGCUGGUGUGUCUUUCUCCACAUCCCUCGUUAUCUUUCAGCUCAGAGGAAUCGUGAACCAAGGCAAACUGGUUUCUGAUGAAAUCAUAGUAGACUUACUAUCCAAGAGGGUCGAAAAGGGGGAGGCAAAGGGCGAAUCAGGCUUCAUUCUUGACGGAUUUCCUCGUACUCUGAGACAGGCGGUGAGCAACUGAAGCCUAGACAGUAAUAAAUGAAAAGCAUAAUUACUUGGAAGGACCCAUAAUUUUUUCUAUCUCCAUGAACUGACAGGAAAUACUAGAAAGAGUGACAGAUGUAGACUUGGUGAUCAACCUGAAGCUCCGGGAAGAUGUGCUGCUUGAGAAGUGCUUGGGAAGACGGAUAUGCAGCCAGUGCGGCGGAAACUUCAACAUUGCAUGUAUUGAUAUCAAGGGGGAAGAUGGAAAGCCCGGGAUAUAUAUGGCUCCUCUCCUCCCGCCUGAAGGCUGUGCAUCGAAGCUCGUCACCAGAUCGGAUGACACCGAAGAAGUAGUGAAAGAACGCCUCCGCAUUUAUAAUGAAAUGGUAAGAUCUGUCGCCCUCUCUGGUUCAGUUUUCUGGGCUUCUCUGGUCAUAUCCAGCCAAGAACACUUCCAGAUCCAGUAACUUUCUGAAUUGCCCACAAGAGUCCCUCACAAGGAGCAAUCUGGGCUCUCUUUCUUGGGAGGGCUGACCCGCUGUCACCACUGCCAUCAGGCUUUAACACUCCCACGUAUCUCAUGCUCCAUAUCAGAGAAAUCGCAUGAAUGGGAGGAGAUUAUCACUAGGUAUGUGGUCAAUAGAAACCCUCACAAGCUUUGGCCGUCUCUGCAGACCCAGCCAGUGGAGGACUUCUACCGCAAGCGGGGGAAGCUGCUGGAGUUUGAGCUGCCGGGGGGGAUCCCGGAAUCAUGGCCAAAGCUGUUGCACGCUCUCCACCUCGACGGCCUCAACCGCGAGCAGUCCCUGGCAGCAUAA